UAUGUUCCAGUUGCAGCACACAUGAAUUAGUUACAUGAUCGAGACAAGCUAAAUUUAUGGAUUGAUGGGGACAUCGCCACCCACUUCAGAUCCUUUUACAAAGAAAUCAGCCAAGAGGAGUAAAGGAAAACGUCUUAGCACAACAUCCUUUAAUUUGUUUUUGAGCAAUCAUGAGUUUCAACUGUUACCACCAUUAAAAGAGACAUCUGCAGCAGAGCGGAAUGAAUUGUUCCUGAAAAAGCUUCAGCAGUGCUGCAUUCUCUUUGAUUUUACUGCACUUGAGCCUGAAAAUAAAGGAAUUGAACAAAAAAGACAAACUCUAAAUGAAUUGAUUGAUUAUAUCGCCAGCAACAACGGGGUUAUAUUUGAAGCUGUCUACCCUGAGAGUAUAAAAAUGUUGCAGUGUAAUGUUGUUAGAUGCUUUCCCCCAAACCAAGACGAAGGGAAAGAAGACUUUGAUAAUGAUGAGGAUGAGCCAAACUACGAUCCCAGCUGGCCCCAUCUGCAACUUAUAUAUGAGUACUUUUUGAGGUUCAUGGAAAGUGCUGAUUUUCAACCCUCACUGUGCAAAAAGUAUUGCGACCAAAAGUUUGUUUUGCAAAUUAUGGCAUUGUUUAAUAGUGAGGAUCCUAGGGAAAGAGAUAUGCUCAAAACCUUGCUUCACAGAAUCUAUGGAAAGUUUCUUGGUCUCAGAUCUUUCAUUAGAAAAAAUAUCAACUACAUAUUUUUAAGGUAUAUAUUUGAAGGGGAAAACUGUAAUGGCAUUGCAGAAUUUCUUGAGAUUCUUGGCAGCAUUAUAAAUGGCUUUGCAGUUCCACUGAAACAAGAACACAGACUUUUUCUUUUCAAGGUCUUGAUACCUCUACAUAAAUCGAGGGGAAUAGCUUCAUAUCAUGCUCAGUUGGCUUACUGCAUCGUGCAAUUUGUUGAAAAGGAUCCAUCUCUUACUGAACCAACAAUAUUAGGUUUGCUGAAGCUGUGGCCAAAAACAAACAGUGCAAAAGAGGUGAUGUUACUUGGUGAAGUUGAGGAAGUUCUCGACAUUAUAGAGCCAACUCAGUUUAAGAAGGUUAUCAUCCCUCUUUUCAAGAUGUUAGCAAAAGCUGUUUCAAGUCCACAGUUUCAAGUCGCCGAAAGAGCUCUUUACUUCUGGAACAAUGAGUACAUAAUGAGUUUGAUAGAAGAACACUGUAGAAUCAUAAUGCCCAUAAUGUUUCCUGCCCUUUAUCUUAUAAGUAAGGAUCAUUGGAACCAGACAAUUGUUGCUCUUGUAUAUAAUGUUAUGAAGACAUUUAUGGAAAUGAAUAACCAGUUGUUUGAUGAACUAACUUUAUCUUUUAAAGCUGAACGGCAAAAAGAGAAACGGAAAGAGGCUCAACGUGAAGAAGCUUGGAAAAAAGUCCAGAAAAGAGCUAUUGAGGCUUCAAACCUAGCUGCUAACAGUAAACUUAAUAUGGGCUGACCAUCUCAAAUGUUAUGAUAUCCUUGUGUUUUCUAGACUAAGCCUUCUUUCAAUUUCUUAGAAAUCACAAAACCAGUUACUGUUCAAGUAAC